ACACGUGCUCGAAACUGCAGUAUGUCUACAGAUAAUGUGGACUGGACAACAUUGGUGUGCAGAUUAUUACGCGCCGAUUUUUGAUCCGUCUUAAAAUCUACGCUUCGACAACAAGGUCAAUGAACCGCUCGUCUUACGUCGAUGACACUACUUUCGUGCAUCCGGUCAAUCUCAUCUGACAAUGGAUAAUAACACAUGAAAGGACGGGAAAGAUCGUUUAGUAUUCUUAUUGCAAUUUUUCCGCGGAACAAGCAACUAUUGCACCGACGUAGUGAAAACCAUCCGUCAGUAAUGCAAUAACGAUGAUCUCGUGAAAUUUAAACAGAAAAAUCGCAUAAAAUUCCCCCGCUUCAUUUUUAUCUGUGCAAAAUAAAUAGGGACCAUGGAAAACGAGCCGGAAAGCAGGGUUAAGCACAAAGUAUGGAGGAAAUACUUCGGAUGGAUAGAAGAUAUAUCCGUGGAGCCCACAAUGUGGCUUUACAUGAUGGCGUACAUGGUGACCUCGGUUGUCGAGCAAGCACUUUUCGUUUACAAAUCCUGCCGCGUCGAUCACGGAUACUCCGAGGAGAUUUGCGCGAAACUGAACGACAAUAACACCAUAAAGGCCGAAGUCCAGCGAGUCUUCCAAUGGGAAUGUUGGGGGGCGACGUCGCCAUUUUUGGCAGCUGUUUCUCGUACAUAUCGGACGUGUCCUCGGUUCAGCAGAGAACCUUGAGGAUCACCAUUUUGGACGUCGUGUACCUUAGC